AUUUUCUUCUGCUUUGUUCUCUCUUUUGCGUUCCUGUUGUUGGCAUCUUCUCUGGUCUCUUCCAGCAAUCACUUCGUAUGUGCACAUUUACCUGUUCGACUUCAGUAAAAGUUGGGAGGGAAAUGCGCCAAACGUUUCGGAUGGUUGUCUUCAGCUCAGUGACUAUCUUCUCCUGUCAGUUUUUCUGGAUUUCCCAAGAGUUCCUCGGGACACAUGUAUCGCUUUCUGACAGGGUAAAACAAAACGCGUCUUUAAAAGAACUAUUGACCGGUCUUCCGUCCAUCCACGCCAGGAGACAGCCCAUGCCAGGGCAGGCAGAGUGGGAUGUAGACUCUCCUCCAUUAGUCCUGCCCUCCUGGUCUUCCCCCGGCUCUCGCUCUUUGCCUCUCCAGUCACGUCCCAAACCCGGAGGGACGAAAGGCCUGCUCAGAACGUAAAAGCCAGUGAGGAGGGCCACGCAGACGCAGGGGAGACCCCGCCGCCAGGCCGGGCGUCCCCAGGGGCAUCACUGCCGGGCAGCGCCUUGCGUCAUGUGGGGCCCGCCCCCUGGUGGGGCUCGGCAAGUUCUGCAGCCUUGGCCGUCGUGGAAGCAGGAUUUCCGCGGUUGUGUAAUAGCACCUCGCGGGCGCGGAGAGGCCUGGGCUCCGCAUCCCUCCUCGGACUGGCCCCUGGUCUCCGGCGGCCGAGCCAUGGCCUGGACGGCGGCGGCGGCGAGCGGCGGGGCCCGCGGUACGCUCUCGGCGCACACGCUCCUGUUCGACCUCCCGCCGGCGCUGCUGGGCGAGCUGUGCGCGGUCCUGGACAGCUGCGACGGCGCGCUAGGCUGGCGCGGCCUCGCGGAGCGACUUUCAAACAGCUGGCUGGAUGUUCGUCACAUCGAAAAAUAUGUUGACCAAGGUAAAAGUGGAACAAGAGAACUACUCUGGUCCUGGGCACAGAAAAACAAGACCAUCGGUGACUUGUUACAGAUCCUCCAGGAGAUGGGGCAUCAUCGAGCUAUCCAUUUAAUUGUGAAUCAUGGAGCACCCUUGAAGAGUCAGAGUCAUCAUGGAGAUAGAUUUCCAAACAUGUUACCCAAGGAAAUAGCCAAUGUCACAGUGGAUAAUGUUCUUAUUCCUGAACAUAAUGAAAAAGGAAUAUUGUUUAAAUCCUCCAUCAGCUUUCAAAACAUCAGAGAUGGAACCAAAAAUUUCCACAAAGACUUCCUAAUUGGAGAAGGGGAGAUUUUUGAGGUAUACAGAGCGGAGAUCCAAAACCGAACAUAUGCCAUUAAAUUAUUUAAACAGGAGAAAAAAAUGCAAUGUAAGAAACAAUGGAAGCAGUUUUUAUCUGAGCUUGAAGUUUUACUACUGUUCCAUCAUCCAAACAUACUGGAGUUGACUGCGUAUUUUACAGAGAGUGAGAAGUUCUGCCUUGUUUAUCCAUAUAUGAGAAAUGGAUCACUUUUUGACAGAUUGCAGUGUGUAGGUAACACAGCCCCACUGUCUUGGCACAUUCGGAUCAGUGUUUUAAUAGGAACCUCCAGAGCCAUUCAGUAUUUGCACAACACGGAGCCGUGCUCGGUCAUCUGUGGCAGUGUAUCCAGUGCGAACAUACUUUUGGAUGAUCGGUUUGAACCCAAACUGACGGACUUUGGCAUGGCGCACUUCCGACCCCAUCCGGAACAUCAGAGCUCUACCAUAAGCAUGGCUAGCAGCAGCACUAAACAUCUGUGGUAUAUGCCUGAAGAGUAUAUCAGACAGGGCAAACUUUCCAUUAAAACGGACGUCUAUAGCUUUGGAAUUGUAAUCAUGGAAGUUCUGACAGGUUGUAAAGUGGUGUUAGAUGAUCCAAAGCAUAUCCAGCUGAGGGAUCUCCUUAUGGAGUUGAUGGAGAAGAGAGGACUCGAUUCAUGCCUUUCGUUUCUAGAUAAGAAAGUGCAUCCCUGUCCUCGGAAUUUUUCUGCCAAGCUAUUCUCUUUGGCGGGCCAGUGUGCUACCACGCGGGCAAAGUUAAGACCAUCAAUGGAUGAAGUCCUAACUACUCUUGAAAGUACUCAAGCCUGCUUAUAUUUUGCUGAGGACCCUCCCACUUCACUAAAGUCCUUCAGGUGUCCUUCUCCUCUAUUCUUGGAUAAUGUACCAAGUAUUCCAGUGGAAGAUGAUGAAAACCAGAAUAAUCGUUCACACCCUCAUGAUCAAGGUUUGAGAAAAGAUGGAGUGACUCCGAAAGUUCCAUUUGAAUGCAGCCAGUCUGAGGUUACAUUUCUGGGCUUUCACAGAAAGACAGGGGGUGAGAGAAAAGAGGAUGCAUGCAACACGCCCAGUUCUUCUUGUAAAGAAAGUUGGUCUGCAAAGCAUUCAGCUCUAUUGCAGGACUCAGGGGCCUGUGGUGCAGAUCUGGACCCUUCUGCAGAAGCUCCAGACCCUUCUUACAGGAGCAAGCCAGUGGAGACUAGCUGUUCCUCUGAAUCUUCCUGGAACGAAUGUGAGCAGUACAAAAAGGAAUCAAUUUCACCAGAAGAUAAAGAAGAAAGCAAGUAUUGCUAAGGCCUCUGAGUACAGCAUCGUUUGUCCUUGUUUCAAUGGCCAUUUGAGUGACCCAAGUAGCAUCGCUGCAUCACAGAUCUCAUCAAUCACAGUGAAGCUACACCUCUCCUUUACUUCAGCCACUAUUUCCAAGGCCACACCCUCUGGACUCCAUUCUUACCUGAAACUGCUACACAUCAGAAAUCACAAUAUGCUAUCCUGGACUUUAUAAAGACAUCUUGUUAUCUGAUCUCCCCAUUUUUUUUUCCUGGCCUGUCAAUGACCAUCCUUUUCCUCCCCAUCUACUCCAUGGUUUCUUUGCAGAGGUUGGGCCAUGGGUUCAUCUGUGUCAGUAUUUGUCCUUAUGGAAAACUAGAACCCCUGCUAGUUAUUUCAAACAGAUGGAAUUUAAUAUUGGGAGUUGGUUAUCAAAGACUUGGAAAGGCCAGAAUAGGAAAAAAAAAAAAAAAAAAAAAAAGAAAAGGAAAAUGUGUAGCUAUCCAGAGAUUAAGAACUACAGGAAGCCAUUUUCACUGUUGUGCAUGAAGGAGAAAAAGAGAAGAGGUGUACCUAAGAGCCAUGACCACUGUUCUGCUGAGGCCACAGAGAGCUUGCUCCUGAUGCGUGCAAUGCUGAUGCAUUUCCAUGGAGGAAAGCGGGAACGUGGACCGACCACCACCUGUGCAGCUCCUAUGUUACUGCCAGGGGCCCAAUAAGAAGCAGAGAAAGAAAAGGCUCCUCUAGUUCUUCUGGGUUCUAUAAUGAGGAGUCAGCUGUCAAGGGCAUCUAGGAGAUGCAGUUUUCUUUAAACUACAUAGGAAAGCACAGAAGGGCAAGAACAGACAAAUCCUACCCUGUGGCUAUUCAGCAUUUAUUCUCGCCUUUCUACCUUCUGUUUCAAUUUCCGGUAACAAUAACAAUAUCAUGCAAAUAUUCGUCAAUAAUCGAAAGUGCUAUCACUCUUUCAAAAGAUGUACAGGCUCUCAUCAGUCAUUAUAUCUGUCUCCAGGUGAUUUUAAUAUAUCUUCUGCCUAAAUUUUCUAAAAAUAGAGGUAAUCAUCUCCAACAAUUCUUAUACAAUAUAGGAGAAAAGAGAGGGAAAGUAAGUGGUGAAUAGACACAAAUACAUACAAAACAAAGAAAGCCUGCGCGGCUGCUAUUGUCUUUGUUUCUGUGAUUUGUCACCAGGAUGCAAUUUCACUCUCCUUCCAUGCUCCCUUGGCCUCGGCCGGCACUUUGGGUCUCUCGGUUUCCUUCCCUGAUGGUGUGUGCCAAACCUUCACUGCUAAAGGGUGUGAGCCCUCAGUGGUCUUUAUUGGUGCUGGAAUUGACAUUAACUUUCAUCGCUGGAGAUGGAACUGUUAGUAAGCGGAGUUCCCCGGAUUUCAGUCUCAAAGCCUUCCUGUCCUCCUUGUGCUCCCCAAUCUCAUCUCCCCCUUGACAGCGGCAAUCAAUACCCAGAACCUGUGUCAUAAGCUACAUCUUUCUCCUUGGUUCAGUGGCUUGAAGAGCCCAAAAUGACAGCCUCCACUUCCCAGUCUGUAAAAUCAUGCUUGCGUCCGCAUGGGAUCGUUUCUCACUUGAGAUCUAAGAGCUCUACACUAGCAGAGCUCACGGGGCACCUGGUGGGCUUAGUCGGGGGAGCACGCC